UUGAUUUAAAGCCCCCGGGGUCGGCACAAUAAACCGUUGUCUGUCUGACUCGCUUUAUCUCUGUGGUAAGCUUUUAUAUCGUGUUUCCACAUUCACCACCGUCUGCUUCAACCCCCUUAAUAAAACAAAAGGCACUCGUUAAAAUCCCUCCAUUCAAGGACAUAUUACUGUGAAGUUAUUUUGGCAGCCUGUUUCUGUCAGGAAUGCAGAAGUUGUGUAUAAAGCUGCUUUCCGUUGGUGAACUUCUCACAAACGAAGACCUGAAACACUCGUGACAGAGGAAAUGGGUGCGAAGAUGUGCUUUUGGAUGUUGUUGCUUCUGCCACUAACGGUGGUCACAGGGCCACUGGCAGAGACGCGGACAGAGACGGAGCGUAACCAACACGCGGACUUCAUCAGAGUCCAGUCGCUGUCAGGACAAAACAGAAGUAAAAUGGAACGCCACGUGCGCUCCGGAGGACCAGACGCUUCUCCUCCGAGGCGUCUUUUGGAGGACGUUCCGUGUGUCGUCGAAGGUGUCCAUCAUCACCCUGAAGCUAUGCACGAGAUCCUCCUCGCUUUGCAAAACGUCUGGAGUAAGGACGGUGAGCCGAAGAAGCGGGAAUUCAGUCGGUUUGGAUUGUGUUCACAUGACGAUGGUGUGAGAUAUUCCCAGUUUUCAUCACUGAUGAAGGAGAAUAACGGCCCAGAAUAUACGCACAGCGAAAAAGAACAUUUGGAUGCUGAAAAAGACGGGACUUUCACAAUGACCCUACACUUUGCCAAGCCUGCGAAGUGUUCUGAACAAACCACAACGGCUUCCAUCAUGCUCCUGUUUUUCAUUGACUUCUGCAAUACAGAGGAGAUGAAGAUCCAGUUCAGCAGUCAAGGCCUUCAGCCUAACAACCAGACAGCAUGUGUCUCUCAGGCAACACGCUUCCUGGUUCUUACAGGAAUUUGGAGCAAUAGCUUUGGUCAUGAGAAUUUAAAACUGAGGAUGGACGUUCAGCAUGAUGGUGGGAAGAAAUUAGGUUUGUCUAAAUUUCAGGCCAUCACAUCCUGGAGGAAGAGCAGGUCAGAGAGUCCGGUGAUUCUUCUGUUUCCCAAGACAUCUGUCAGUGAAAAUGUACCUCAGUCAAAUGGAACAUUUCUCUUCUUGUGUGAACUACAGAAGUUCUUAAACGAAGUGUCACCUCAAGGAAAUCCUCUCCUACAGGACGAGGUCAGGACCAUCAGCCCCAGUGUUCUUCGCUCUCUCCCUCCUUUAACUCUUGGCGUGUUCUCAAGCGAGUCUCUUCUUCGUGAGCUGGUCAAUUCUUCAGGACCGACUGUGUUCUUCUUCCCCCAAAGCGCCAGACUGAGGACACACCGAGUGGAGCUGGCCCUGAAGCCGUCGUUGCUCUCGGUGCUAAAAUUAAAACUCGACGAGACUUUAGCCCAAGCACGGAUGGAGGAAUUCGGACGUGGCGCGAUGGAUAAGCUCGAGGUUCUCAGCGUUCUUAGUACGCUUUCUGUUGAUGGAGAAGAUCUAGAAACAGGUUUGGAGGAGCAACGUGAGGUCCAGUACAGAGCACUCUUACUGCUGAAGGCUUUACAGGCUGUGCUGGGUGCUUGGGCAGUGGAAAGGGCACAGAGGGCAGCGCGAGACAGCCAGGACGGCCCUACAAGGGUCACUCAGUGUCACCUUGAGAGUUUCACUGUGUCUCUGGAGAAAUACCUGCUGGAGCCUGCCACGGCCAACAUUAACAACUGCGAAGGAGCAUGCGGCUUCCCUCUGAAUAACGGGAACAACCACGCCAUCCUGCUGAACAGUCACCUCCAGAGUGGACAACCUCUGAAGCGCGGGAUCUGCUGUGUGCCCGUGGCGUACGACGACCUGUGUGUGAUUGAGCUGAACAGCGACUCCACCACCAUUUCUUACAAGACUGACAUGAUAGCCAAGGAGUGUGGAUGUCGUUGAUAACAGCCCACACACGCGCACACACACACACACACACACGUAGAUCACGUUACAGAGCGUUCUCACACGUUACCUUUCAGUUCAUUUGUUUUUCACACAUUAACCCUCUCCAUAGAAACACAACGUAGUACAGUAUGAUCCUUAUUUUUGAAGAAAUAAAAACUUUAAACCCAGUUUCCAGUUGCCAAAUAUUUAGACAGUGACCUCGACCUAUAUAUCACCACACGUGUAUGUUAUUAUUUAUUCAUUUACUCUCUUGUUGUUUGCUUCAUCGAUAUUAAUAUUAAAAAAGGAUUUAAAAAAGGACGACGAUCAUGUGGAAGUCAACAAACCAGAUAAUGAUUCAAGAACUAUCCAAGGCUACAAUUUUAACCAUUUAUAAACGUCACAGGUUUUUCUUCUAAGUAAUUAUUUGAUUUCUGUUCAAAUUUACUCACAUCCCUGCU